AGCAUGGGCCACCUGUCCGUCACCGAUCCAUCCGCAACUCUUCCAGCCAGCCUUUCUCUCACUUCCCCCCAUCGUAGAAGAUGCUCUUAGUCAUUCUUCAGCUCCCCUCUCCAGCCCCACCUCUCCUGUGCCUAAAGAGAACCUCAGCAGCCUCCCUCCAGACCUGGGCCUCAACUGGAGCUCAAUGAAGGACAUGCGCUCCCCACUGACCAUGAUGAAGGAGCAGCAGAGUUCAGAGCUGCUCACCAGGAACGUCAUCCUGCCCUCACGAGCUUCAGCCAUCAGCAGCAUCGUCAUGCGCAAGAGCUCCCUUCCUGACCUUAAUCUGGAGAACGGAACUCAAGUUGAUGGAGGCGGCCUCUUCGGGACGUCCCGACUGGACCACAGCCUGAUCUUCUCCAGCUAUCGUUCAGAGAAAGAGGACAAUGGAAAUCGCUCUCUCUUCAGAACAGCUUCCCUGCCUGAGGUUAACUCUGGCCUUGAUCGCCUCAGCAUGCCCCCCAAAGCCACUGACCCUCUAGGUUCCGGGAUGUCACGACUGGAGCGCCUUUCCUUCCUCACAUCUCCUCCGGGGUCCCACACAGGGCUAAACGAGCCGUCCCGUAUCAGCGUGUCCCCUUCGUUCCUCAACAGCUCCACCACAGAAAGCUCGACCUUGAACAACACGCCCCCCCGCAGCCUGGAGCUCUACCACAGCCUCUCGCCAGAAUCGCCCGUCAAACAUCCCACACCACCGAGCCUGCAGAGGAGCCUGAGCGCCGAGGGGUCGUCCACAGGGUUGCCUGUCUUUAACGAUGUCAUGCGAGGGUUUGGGGUCGGCCAGGAGCCUGGUCCAGAGAGAAACUUAGUGGCCAAGUACAGAGCCUUCCCUGACGCAUAUCUUACCAAAGAGAAGGAGCAUGGAAAACUGAACCCUCGGCCGGGAAAGAUGUUCAUCUAUGCCCGGCCUGGAUGUUGCGGCCAGAGGAUCGAGGUGCGGGGGGACGUGAUGGAUGCCACAGAGUGGGAGUUUCCAGCGACCAUCUCCAUUAGAGUGGUCAGAGGAGGGUGGGUGCUAUACGAGAAGCCUGAGUUCAAAGGAGAGAAGGUUGCUCUGGACGAGGGAGACAUAGAGCUCACGGAUCCGUUCGGCCCGCCACAAGACGAGCAGAAUCACAUGCAGAACGGGACACAGGGGUCUGGAGAGGACCACGCAGAACCUAAACCAGCACGGCGGGUUAUCAUCGGCUCUCUGCGCCGAGCAGUGAGGGACUACAGCGUUCCUGAGAUCUGUCUGUUCCCGGAGGAGAACGCCGAGGGGAAGAAGGUGGUGUUCCGGGACACGUCGGAGGACGCCAGGAUCUUCGGCUUCCCCAUCAAAGCGAACUCCAUCAUCAUCAACGCUGGGCUGUGGCUGGUGUUCGCAGAGCCGUUCUUCCAGGGGGUUCCGCGGGUUCUGGAGGUCGGAGGGUUUCCAAACCCGGCAGCCUGGGGCGUCACGCAGCCCUACGUCAGCUCACUGCAUCCGCUCAAAAUAGGAGAACCGAAGGUGGAGAAACCCCACGAGCCUAAACUGGUGAUCUACGAGAAGCCAUACUUCACUGGGAAGAGCCGGGAGAUCUACACCAACGCCAAGGACUUCAUGACCAGAGAGGACAGACAGCAGGUGGUGUUCAUGUACAGCGCUGGAUCCAUUAAAGUCAUCGGCAGCAUCUGGGUGGGCUAUGAGAAGGAAGGUUUCCGUGGACACCAGUACCUGCUGGAGGAGGGGGAGUACCAUGACUGGCGGGUGUGGGGGGGCUGUAACGCUGAGCUGCGGUCAGUCCGGGUCAUCCGAACAGACCUGUCUCAGCCCAUGCUGGUGAUGUUUGAGAUGCCGAAUGAGGAGGAGGUGCAGGAGGAGCGGACGUUUGAGGUGACGGAGGCGGUUCCUGAUGUGGAGCUGUUUGACUUCCGGACGGCCACUCGAUCCAUCCAUGUCCUGAGUGGAGCGUGGGUGGCGUACUCUCAUGUCGACUACUCUGGAAACCAGUAUGUUCUGGAGAAAGGCUUCUACAACAACUGUGCAGACUGGGGCUCUGAAGACAACCGCAUCUGCUCCAUCCAGCCCAUCCUACAGGCCCAGUCUGAAGGCCCCAGCUUCCGCAGUGAGCUCCUGCUGUACUCAGAGCCUGGUUUCCAGGGCGUGUGCCAAGUGUUCAGUCGGAGCCACGAAUCUCUGCCUGAAAGACUGGGGGUCCAGUCCUGCAGGGUCAUCGGGGGGAGCUGGGUCUUGUAUAACAGCACUAACUUCCUGGGGGAGCAGUACGUGUUGUCAGAGGGUGAUUACGCUAACUUCACCAGUAUGGGUUGCCCCCCUGACUGCCUCAUACGCUCUGUUAAAUCUGUGCCAGCAAUGUUCUCGGUGCCAUCUGUCUCUCUGUUUGGUCUGGAGUGUUUUGAGGGACGAGAGAUCACUGUGGAGACUGAAGUGUCCAACAUGAUGGACGAGGGGUAUAACCCUCACAUCCUGUCUGUCAGAGUCAACAGUGGCUGUUGGGUGUUGUGUGAGCACAGUAACUUCAGGGGGCGCCAGUUCCUGCUGGAGCCCAUCGAGAUUACAAACUGGCACAAGUUCAGCUCCCUCUCCUCCGUCGGCUCCAUGUACCCGAUCCGUGCGAAGCGGAGACUGUUCCGGAUCCGUUAUAAAGAGACCGGACACUACAUGUCGGUCCAGGGCGGAGUGGACACUAUGAAGUCCGGGCGCGUGGUGGUGUCCGAACAGGUGGAGGGUAUGAGCGACAUCUGGCUCUAUCAGGAUGGCCUGAUUAAGAACAAGUUGGCGCAGAACAUGAGCCUGCAGGUGAUGGGGAACGUGGAAUCAGGAGCGAAGGUGGUGCUGUGGUCAGAAACCCGGACGCCCAUUCAAACAUGGAGCGCCCAGCUCAGCGGCGCCAUCUCCAGCCUCACCUUCCCCGGCCUACUGCUGGACAUCAAAGGUGGUAAAACGUACGACAAGGAGCACGUGAUCGUCCGCAGCGAGGCCGAAGAAAAUGCUGGUCUGUGGGAGCUAGAACUCCUUUAAGCCCCGCCCCUUCAUACACACCUCCGGUCCUACCUGUUCUACCUGUUCUCUCACUUUACAUCCACAUUCCAGGAGGAACUCACUCAGUUUAAUGUUUCUCAGUUUCCCCUCAUCUAACACACCCAGUUCUGCUGGUGAAGGUCAGCUGAUGUCCAGAUUAACACCAUCAGUGUGAAAACCCGUCACUCCUCUCCUCACAGGGCUGCCAGACAGUUUACCAAACUGACCACAGACACUUUGGGUAAGAGUUCCUACAUGAGCUGGUUCUGAAUGCCCUGCCUGAUGACUGAGACGCUGUUUUAUGGGAGUUUAGAGAACUUCAACUCCAUUCAUGGUGGAGGGAGACAUGCAGGGCGCUGUGCAGCAAAAUAGUCCCCAAAGAAAACUCAUUAUUCCAGAUUUUCCUCUGUUUCAUCACUAAUAAAUGCUCAGUAGACACGUGUGUGGAGUUCCUCUUUAACUGAUAUUGCGAGGUGAAAAACUUUUACUCUUUUCGUUGGUGUCUUCAUCAUGAAAUGUUCAUGCUAAACAGCAGGUGGCAUUUUUAUAUUUUAAGAUAAAGGAGCGCUCUCCUGACCCUGAUGACGUGCAGGUCAGUGUUUUCUCCUCUUUGUUCUAGACUGCAGGACCAGGACUGUGUGUGUAUAAUAGUUACUCAUUAAUACAGCACCGUCUUUAUGAACUCCAGGAAGAGCAGCCGACGCCUUUGGCGGUGACGGAUCACAGCCUGGCAAGGCACACUGCACCCCCCACACCCACCCAGUACAACAACAAAGUAAAAAUCUGUUUAAAUAUACCAAAAAUAGUAUUAAAAUACUAUUAAAACAUGAAAAAAACAGAAAAAUGGAUUAAACAGCACGUAGUACUGUCUCCAUCAGAACCAGGACCAGAGGAAGUGGCCCAAAAUGACUUGGGGUUAAAAACAUGUUCCAUUGACUUGCAUUCAAAGGUUAAGAAUGUUAGUGGUCCCUUUGCACUGACCCCCACUGGCCUUGCCUGUUGUCCACACUCAGGCCUUCAGCACAGCUAGAGAGGAUCCAAACAAGCCAAUAAAUCACGACGUAUUGGUAGUAAACAUCUGCCGACCUGAUUAAUCUGCUCCUCUCUACUCUGGCCUGCAGUUCAGACCAUCAGAACCCGAGUCUGACUCAGAUUAAACGUCUAACAGUGUUAAAGUCAUAACUCUGCUUUUCUCUGAUGCUCAGAAAGUGUAGAAAUGAAAUGUGUGUUUACCCAGCAGUCCCUUGUUUACCCAGCAGUCCCUGUUUAUUACUGAAACCGUGGUGCCCACAGAGCACAUCCACCUUGCCCAGCCGGAGAGGAGGGUGUGUACAUCUCCUCAAGGACCAGAAUGUGCUAAAUUUGUCCUUUUUGAUAGCAGCCAGCUGAAAGUCCAGCACCGACUCUGACUUCUGUACCGACUCUGUUGCCUUAGAGUGUAUUUAAAUGGAUGUUGCUGCAAAGCCAGCCCUGUUGUUGGAUGUGUACAUUUGAAUGUGUUGAUGUUAUCAUUGGAGAUUUUGGGGUGUGGAUGUUGUCGUGUGUGUGUGUGUGUGUGUGUGUGUGUGUGUGUGUGUGUGUGUGUGUGUGUGUGUGUGUUUCAGUGUGAAUGUCUGUAGCUGUUGCUAUGCUAUCGCUGUUACUCUGAGGUGUUUCUAUGAAAAGGUGUUUUAGCUGCUGUCAUGCCAAAAUAUAUAGAUAUAUAUAUAUAUAAACAUGUUCAUCUGAGUAUUAAACAAAUGUACUGUUUUUAUAAUUUGUACAAUGCAAAUUGUUAUGACGGGGAGUGGCUUAAAUUUUUUAAUAAAACAACUGCUAAAAUCG